UUUAACCAGAGGCUGAGGCGCAGCAGGGCUGCAUUACCUAGCGGGGAAAGGUACUCAGUGUCAGCCUUGGGCACACUCUCAGCCCGACCUUCAUGCCCCUGACUGGAAUAUACACACCCACCUGCUCUAUUGCUAAAGCGCAGACCCUCAGGCUGCCCACAACUCUGGAUUGUGCCAUGGAGAGAAUGCCCAGUGCCCAGCCCGCCUGUCUGGACAGACCUCCUUCCCUGUCUGGGAUGGAUUUCUCCCAUAUGUAUCCGGUGUUUAAACACAGGAAAGCUCUGAAGAGGUGCGAGGAGAGCAAGCAGGACACAUACAAGCUGCCACACCGGCUCAUUGAGAAGAAGCGUCGGGAUCGGAUCAAUGAAUGCAUCGCUCAGCUGAAAGACCUGUUGCCAGAGCACCUCAAACUGACGACUUUGGGUCACCUUGAGAAAGCCGUGGUUCUGGAGCUGACCUUGAAGCAUGUGCGGUCUUUGUCCAGUCUGAUUGAGCAGCAACAGCAACAGAUUCUUACACUUCAGAGUGGGUCCCCUUCUGAGGAAAACAGAAUAUCUGCUGAAGAAAUGUUCCAUUCGGGGUUCCAGCUCUGUGCGGAGGAGGCUUUACGUUUCCUGCAGGGUGGAGAAAGAAAAGAACUGGUUGCCCACCUCCACCGGGUGGCUUCAAAGCUUGGCCCUGCCAGUUUUCCAAAAGUUACGGAGAAACCUGUACCUAAGGUGCAAGCAACCAACUGUGUCCCUGUUAUAUGUCGGGCAGCCCCUCUCCCAUCUGGAGAACAGAGUGGGACCGAUACAGAUACCGACAGUGGUUAUGGAGGGGAGGCUGAUAAGGGUGAAUGCCAUCACGAGGGAACAGAGAAGGAAGAGGCCCCCACCUUGGAAAGGAUCAUCAAACAAGAGAAGGAUGAGAUUCCCAAAAAGAAACCCAGGAUGGAGGCCACAGAGGAAGAAACACGAUUUUGCAGUGACCUCUCAUCUUUGGGUGUUUAUCCAGCUCAGCCUCCCUUAUGCCUUCCCUUUUAUUUAAUACCUCCUUCAGCCUCUACCUAUCUUCCCAUGCUGGAAAAGUAUUGGUACCCUGGGUCAGUGCCCAUGAUAUAUCCUCCAAUAUCACAUUCUAGUCUAUUGAAUCAAGAUACUUCUAAGCCUCAGCAUACCAGCCCUCAAACUGUGUCACCCUUGGAUUCUUCCGCACUGCUACAAGCUCUCAAACAAAUGCCUACCCUAGGUACGGAACCUAAGGACUGACCUAAUAAUGGUAAUUACCAUGGCAAUGCCACCAGUAGAAUCCAACAAAGAAGGAUCAUUGGCUCCUCAGUAUGAGAUGCCCAUGGAACAGGUAUCAGCCACCCCAGAAGAGGUCCAAGGAGAUGGCAGACAAUUCUAGGAGAGGAGCUGAAGGAUUGGGCACUAUAGGUCACUGGUCCUGUUUGUCAUUUAGGAUGCUUUUCAUUAUUGUGUUAUACUGCACACUACAGGACAAAACAUUUGAGCCAACGCGGUGAUGAUCUGUGAAGAUGCCUCUGUCUUGAACUUCUGGUUGAUUUUUGGAAGCUGCUAAAAUCAACAGAGAUGAAUGUAAGGCAUAAAAAGACUUAACCUUACAGCGUGACAUACAGAAAGCCCAAAGGAAACAAACCCCGUUUCUAAUCAGUGGGCCCACAUUUUCUUUGCAAGCCACAAGGCCCCCCAAAGAACUCCUGGCUUGCUGAAGAUAAAGGCCUAAGGAUAUUGCACUUUAUAUUCAGAAUACAUAACUAUUCCAUUCCUUUAGGUCCCAAACCUACCUGGAGGUAAUCAGGUGCCCCCUGCAGUUCCAGGAAUAGCACAUAUUUUAAUGUAUUAAUAUUUUUGGGAAAAAUAAAAUCUUUAUUUCUUUGAC